GAGGAGAGACUUCAGCCUCCGUGUGCGCGCGCGCGUGUGCGGAUGUGAAGCAGGACUUUUCCUCCGAUAGUGAAGACUUUCUACAUCCCUAAACAAGCAGAGGAGGAGGAAUGCGCGCAGGAACUCGGGAGGAAGCCGUUUUUCUGGUGGAAAACUCCGCGCGGGAGAGCGUGUGACUCGUGACAGCGACGGCAAACUCUAACGGACUUCGCACACCGUGAAUGUGGCUGAAGCGGGCGGAACUUUCUGUGGAACGGAGGCUUUUCAAACGGUCGAAACCCGGUGGGACGAGAAGGGGAGGAGAGGGGGGCUCCGAAAACGCCCUGCCGCCUGUUGCUGCUCCGGCUUCAAACUUUUAUCGGCCGAGUUGGGGGGAAAAAUGCAUCUUUCCCCUAACGGGAGGCGAAAAUCCAGCAGCGGUGUCGUCUGUGACCAGGAACUAGACCGCUAGCCUGGUGGCUAGUUUUUGGGAGUCGCUUUUUUUCUUUUAAGUUGUUUGGAACAUUUUCCCCUCAUCGUGUUUUACUUUUCCUGUUUUUGGAGGCGGUUCGGGUGGGCUGGGAGCCCAGGGCUGCUCCGCCAGGCCUCCGGCCGUUAGCCAGGAACAAAGGGGGCUCCAUGUAAACUCCAAACUGUUGGGAAAACACCCAGAAGACUUUAAUUUAACCAAAUCUAAGAGAAACACGUGUCAGCCAUGUCUGUGGGAGCCGAGAGGAGGAUGGAAGCCCGGCUGAAGAAGCUGGAGGACAUGAUCAGAGAUCCCAGAUCUGCCAUAAACCUGGAGAGUUUGCUGGACUCCAUAAAUGCCUUGGUGUUGGACCUGGACUACCCGGCGCUACGCAAGAAUAAAAACAUUGAAACCUUCUUGAACAGAUAUGAGAACGUCAUCGGGGAGCUCCGAGACCUCCAGAUGAAGUCCGAAGACUUUGAAAAAGUUAAAAUCAUCGGUCGAGGAGCUUUUGGAGAAGUCCAGCUGGUCCGACACAAAGCCUCACAGAAGGUCUAUGCCCUGAAGCUACUGAGCAAGUUUGAGAUGAUCAAACGCUCCGACUCUGCGUUCUUCUGGGAGGAGAGAGACAUCAUGGCGUUUGCCAACAGCCCCUGGGUGGUUCAGCUGUGCUGUGCCUUCCAAGACGAGCACUACCUCUACAUGGUGAUGGAGUACAUGCCAGGAGGAGACCUGGUCAACCUCACCAGCACCUACGAUGUGCCAGAGAAAUGGGCCAAGUUCUACGCCGCCGAGGUGGUGAUGGCUCUGGAUUCCAUUCACUCCAUGGGCUUCAUCCACCGCGACGUGAAACCAGACAACAUGCUGCUGGACCGACACGGACACCUGAAGCUGGCCGACUUCGGCACGUGCAUGAAGAUGGACUCUACGGGCAUGGUGCACUGUGACACCGCCGUCGGCACGCCGGACUACAUCUCUCCAGAGGUGUUGAAGUCUCAGGGAGGAGACGGUUACUACGGGAGGGAAUGCGACUGGUGGUCCGUCGGCGUCUUCAUUUUCGAGAUGCUCGUGGGGGACACUCCGUUUUACGCCGACUCUCUGGUGGGAACCUACAGUAAGAUCAUGGACCACAAGAACUCCCUGAACUUCCCUGACGAUGUGGAGAUCUCCAAAGAAGCCAAAAGCAUCAUCUGUGCCUUUCUAACCGACCGGGAGGUGCGUUUGGGCAGAAACGGCAUGGAGGAAAUCAAACGCCACCCUUUCUUCAAAAAUGACCAGUGGACCUUCGACACCAUCAGAGACUCUGUGGCUCCUGUGGUCCCGGAGCUCAGCAGCGACAUCGACACCAGCAACUUCGAUGAGAUAGAAGAUGAUAAGGGCGACGUGGAAACGUUCCCAACACCUAAAGCGUUUGUCGGGAAUCAGCUGCCCUUUGUUGGCUUCACCUACUUCAAGGAAGACCAGUUACUGAGUUCUGCCAACAACUCCUCAGUGACACAUGACAAUUCCAAGGGAGAGUCAGCGGCUCUUCUGAAGAAACUUCACAACUUGGAGGUUCAGCUGAGCAGCGACAAGCUGCUGAAAGACGACCUGGACAACAAGUGCAGAGCCGCAAACAUACGACUAGAAAAAAUAACCAAAGAACUGGAGGAAGAGGUGAGCAGCAGGAAGAACCUGGAGGCGGGUCUGAGGCAGCUGGAGAGAGAAAAGGCUCUGCUGCAGCACAAGAGUCUGGAGAGUCACCGGAAGGCCGAGAGCGAAGCCGACAGGAAGCGCUGCCUGGAGAACGAAGUCAACAGCCUCCGAGACCAGCUGGACGACAUGAAGAGGAGAAACCAGAAUUCACACAUUUCCAAUGAGAUGAACAUUCACCUGCAGAAGCAGCUGGAGGAGGCCAACACGUUGCUGCGGGCCGAGUCCGAAGCCGCCACUCGGCUCCGUAAGUCUCAGACGGAGAGCAGCAAGCAGCUGCAGCAGCUGGAGGCCAACGUACGUGAGCUGCAGGAUAAAUGCUGCCUGCUGGAGCGCAACAAGCUGAGUCUGGAGAAGGACUGCAUCGGCCUGCAGGCGGCGCUGGAGUCGGAGAGGAGGGAGCACAGCCAGGGCUCGGAAACCAUCAGCGACCUGAUGGGUCGUAUUUCUGGUCUGGAGGAGGAGGCCCGGCUGCAGAAGCAGACUCUGUCCAAGGCGGAGACGGAGAAGAGACAGCUGCAGGACAAACUCACCGACCUGGAAAAGGAGAUGAGCAGCAAGGAGAUCGAUCUGACCUACAAGCUGAAGGUUUUACAGCAGGAGCUGGAGCAGGAGGAGGCCUCUCAUAAAGCCACCAGAGCGCUGCUGGCAGACAAGAGCAAGAUCAAAGUGACCAUCGAGGGCGCCAAGUCGGAGUCCAUGAAGGGUGAAGCUCCUGAAUUCAUCUCCAUCCACACAGUCAGAGAUGAAUUUAGACUUUUCCAUCAUUCCAAACUUUCAUACUCAGAGAUGGAGCAGAAGCUGGCGGAGGAGCGAGCAGCUAAGCUACGUCUGGAGAACCGGAUCCUGGAGCUGGAGAAGCACAGCAGCAUGAUGGACUGCGACUACAAACAGGCUCUACAAAAACUAGAUGAGCUGCGGCGGCACAAAGACCGGCUGACCGAGGAGGUGAAGAACCUGACGCUGAAGAUCGAGCAGGAGACCCAGAAGCGUAACCUGACCCUGAACGACCUGAAGACCCAGAACCAGCAGCUGAACCUGCUGAGGACCUCUGAGAAGCAGCUGAAACAGGAAACCAACCACCUGCUGGACAUCAAAGGCAGCUUAGAGAAGCAGAACCAGGAGUUGCGCAAAGAACGACAAGACGCAGACGGACAGAUGAAGGAGCUCCAGGACCAGCUGGAGGCGGAGCAGUAUUUCUCUACGCUUUAUAAAACGCAGGUUCGAGAACUGAAGGAGGAAUGUGAGGAGAAGAACAAACUCUACAAGGAGGUGCAGCAGGCUCUGCAGGAGCUUCAGGAGGAGAGGGAUUCUUUGGCCGCUCAGCUGGAGAUCACGCUGACAAAGGCGGACUCGGAGCAGCUCGCCCGCUCCAUCGCUGAGGAGCAGUACUCGGACCUGGAGAAGGAGAAGAUAAUGAAGGAGCUGGAGCUGAAGGAGAUGAUGGCUCGCCAUCGUCAGGAGCUCUCUGACAAGGACAUCACCAUCAGCUCGCUGGAGGAGGCCAAUCGGACGCUGACCAGCGACGUGGCCAACCUGGCCAACGAGAAGGAGGAGCUGAACAACAAACUGAAGGAGGCACUUGAAGGUUCGGAUAAGUCGAAGGACUGGGAGCAGCAGAUCAGCCAGAUGAAGCAGACGUUUGAGAAGCAGCUGCAGUCGGAGAGGACGCUGAAAACUCAGGCCGUCAAUAAGCUGGCAGAGAUCAUGAACAGGAAGGAGGUACGUGGUGGAGGCAGUCGCCGUGGCAACGACACAGACAUGCGGCGAAAGGAGAAGGAGAACAGGAAGCUGCAGCUGGAGCUGAGGUCUGAGAAGGAGAAGCUCAACAGCAUCAUGAUCAAAUACCAGAAGGAGAUCAACGAGAUGCAAGCGCAACUCGCCGAGGAGAGCCAGAUGCGCAUCGAGCUGCAGAUGGCUCUGGACAGUAAGGACAGCGACAUCGAGCAGCUGAGGAACCUCAUGCAGUCGCUCAGCGUCCAGUCCAUGGACUCUGCCAGCGUCAGCAGCGGGCCGGAGUUUGAUGCUGAUGAUGCGUACGCAGAGUCCAGGCUGGAGGGCUGGCUCUCCCUUCCCGUCAGAAACAACACCAAGAAGUUUGGAUGGGAGAAAAAGUAUGUGGUCGUGAGCAGCAAGAAGGUUCUGUUCUACAACAGCGAACAGGACCGGGAGCAGUCAAUUCCCUGCAUGGUUCUUGAUAUCGAUAAACUUUUCCACGUGAGGCCCGUCACUCAGACUGAUGUGUACCGAGCUGAAGCCAAGGAGAUUCCCAGGAUAUUCCAGAUUCUUUAUGCCAACGAAGGCGAGAGCAAAAAGGAGCCGGAGUUUCCUGUGGAGCCGCUGCCCGUCGGGGAGAAAUCCAGCUACUUCUGCCACAAAGGUCACGAGUUCAUCCCCACCCUCUACCACUUCCCCACCAACUGUGAGGCGUGCACCAAACCGCUGUGGAACAUGUUCAAGCCGCCGCCGGCUCUGGAGUGCCGGCGCUGCCACAUCAAGUGUCACAAGGACCACAUGGACAAGAAGGAGGAGAUCAUUGCUCCCUGUAAAGUGAACUACGACGUGUCGACGGCCAAGAACCUGCUGCUGCUGGCCGCCUCCCAGGAGGAGCAGCAGAAGUGGGUGAGCCGGCUGGUCAAGAAGAUUCCUAAGAAGCCCCUGGCCUCGGAGACGCUUCCCCGCUCCUCACCACGUAUCGCCAUGAAGGUCCAGACCAGCCAAUCCAUGAGGAGGCCCAGUCGACAGCACCCAUCCAGCAAGGGCAGCCCGCGCCGAUCAAACGGCUUCAGAGUGAAGCGAGGAGAGUCGGGCAGCACCUGGUACCAGUGACGGCUCCUGUAAUCCCAGUUUGUUUGAUUUUCUGCUAACCGGCGCGACGCUCCGCUGAGGUUCAGCGGCUCGUUUCCUCCGAAGCUCUGUCUGCAGAUCAACACGCUGAACUCCAAAUCACUUCACCACUUCCUCCUCCAACCUGUGGGAGCCACGCCCCCUCGGCUAUCCGUGCGAUCUGAUUGGCUUCUGAACGAGUGUUUUUGGAUGCCGAAGGAGCUCGUUCUUCUCUCUGAACGAGGAGAUUCGCUUACCUCAACGACCAGGAACUCUUGUGGCCAAAAACAGACACUUCGCCUAAAGGUGGUGAAGAAAAUAAUAAAAGUUUACUGAGGAACACGAGACGUUAGUCCGCCCAGGACGAUGUUUCGUGAUUCUCCACAGUUCUUUCAGGUGAAUCAGGUACAAGAAACCAAGGUGAGCAUGAAGGAUCGGAGCGAAUAAUUCCCAGAGUUCCUGUUGUUCACAUUCCCAACGCUGAAGCGCACUUCCACCUGUUGAACGGAGCGCCGAAUCCCACAAGCCUGCACUUGUCUCCCAGAGUUGAUGUUUACUGAACGGCACGCUUUUCUGACCUGAAUGUACGUUUGUUUUUUACGGAAGCAUCGUCUCACCGAACCGACCCGACGGACCCGUUUUCACCACCAGCUGCUCCGAGUGAACCCGCAUGCUUUUCCACUCGCAGGAGUUUUUGUUGUAGUGAAAAUAAAAACUGAAUUUUGAGGUUUCGUUAGGCUGAGCAGCAGCCGGUGUUUUCUAAAAAGUGUUGGAACUGAUAUUUUUGUAUUAAAAGUAACUAAAGUCAGAGUUUGGACACAUUGGUGUGCGCGCGCGCGUGUGUGUGUGUGUGUGUGUGCGCGCAUGGUUUAUAGAGCAGGAGAGUAAACUGAGUGUGUGUGCUCUUCUUUAACCCAGAAGCAUGUUUUAUACACAGUAAGUAUAUAUUUUACAGGCCGUACAGCACAUUAUAUUAUUUAUACGGCCUUGUCCACUUUGUGUUUAAGGGCUUUACAUCCAGACAGCUCCAUGAUGAUGAAGAUGACCACUUAAAACAAUAAACACACAGAUGUGC